AUGAUCAAACAUGGAUCACUAGAUUGUUUCAAGCGAAGCAGAGAUACACAUAAACAGAGCAAUAUAAGCAGUAUAUGGGACGCGGGUAAACAUAAGAUCAUCGUUUGGAAACCUAAAUCAGGACAUCUUCAUGGUAAUAAACAACCCAUUUGGUAUACCAAUACUGGAAUAUGUAACACCAGCAUGGAAUCCACACUUUGUGAAGCAUUAAAUCAAAAUAAAAAACAUUCCAUUAAGGUGCUCACCAUUAAGGUGCUCACCAUUAAGGUGCUCACCAUUAAGGUGGUCACCAUUAAGGUGGUCACCAUUAAGGUGGUCACAAUUAAGGUGCUCACCAUUAAGGUGCUCACCAUUAAGAUGCUCACCAUUAAGGUGAUGACGGUGGAAGCCGCCAAUACAAGUGAGGGUCAGCUCAAGCGGCAGGACCUCAUACCGUUCCCGCGAGUGGGCAAGAGAACACUGGAGCGAGAUGAGAGCGGUCUGCCCGGAGUGGAGGUCGACGACGCACUGGCCCCUUCACCUGUCCUCCUGCAGGACCUGCCGAACACCUUCCAACAAGCUCUGAUCAACAUUCUGGAGAGGCGUGAUGAAAAAUUCCGAAACUACAAGGAUUCGGAUGAUCUGUUGUCUACUGUGUUGAAACUCCCUCACCAGGAGAGCAACCAAGAGCUCCUUCAGCUCCCUCGGCAGGAGAGCAGUCAUGGGCUCCAUCAGUUACUUCUUCAGGAGAUCAGCCAAGGGCUCCGUCAGCACCCUCAUCAGAUCAGCCAAGAGUCCCGUCAGCUCCCUCGUCGUGAGAGCAGCGAGGGGCUCCAUCAGCUGCCACGCCGCGCCUUCACCCACACCACCAACGCUCACAGCGUGAAGCCUCACCAAAACACUGGAAUCCGCCAGCUAAGAUCACACACUCCCGCAGAGCUCUCCACCUUUAAUUAUUUACUACGUCGCCUCUUUCCACAACUAGAAAUACAAAAUCCGGCAGAGGUCGAGGCGUACCAACGAGACCAACUUUACCUGUAGAUAGACGAGGCAGUGACUAAAUACACCUUUGUUUUGGGUUAUAUGAGGCAGACUCGAUGCUAUACUGGCAACAGUUAAGCACAGAUCAGUAUUCACUAUGAUAAUGCAACAAGAUAAAUGGGAAGGCCGUUUUUAAUGUACUCACUACACGAGGAGGCGUUGUAUUCCAGAGUUAACAGCUACUCAACCUGAGCUAAUGGUGACGUCUCUUCCUCAGUACAUAGUUCUAACAAUAAUUUUGCUAAUAUAUAGCAACUGUUUGGAAUGAUAACAUUUACAGCACAACUUGCAACAGAUCGCAGAGUUGUCUUUCCAAAGAGUACUGUACUAGUCAGUAACAGAUGUAUACAGAUGUGUUGAUCACGGAUACAGUAUUGAUGUAAUUGCUGAUACAUGUUCAAUAAACUUUAAAAUGAAUGAUAAAUGCAGUGUAAAUGUUCUCAAGUCCAAAUCUGAAGAACUGAGCACACUGUGUGAUUAUCUCUUAUUGCAGGAAAGAUCACGCAUAUGAAGUUUGUAUGUUGUCCACUAUUUAGUUUGUAAAUCAAGCCAAUGUUUUUAAAUUAAAGACAAUUUUAAACAAAA